GUAUAUUUUAAACUUAUCACUUCAAUAUAUAUGGACAAAGUGAUGUUACUAAUUAUUUGCAGAAAUUGAAGAUGGUCUCGUAUAUGCCCAACUUUCUGUGCCUGUAAAUGUCAAUCUGCUCCCAUAUAGUGAGUUUUCCACCGAAAGAAGAGGUUCGAUUGAUGGCAUAUUGCAUGAGCUUCUUCAGAAGGGAGAUGCUGCACAAAAGUACAUGCAAGGAUCUGGAAACAUGAAAAUUGACAACUGGAUCCUUCUUGAUAAUUUUGUACAAGGACGGGUGCUUUCUUCUAGCUCUCAAACUAGAGCUUUGCAAAUCCAUUCAAAACGCUCUAAGAAACACAUGUCUAUGAGACAGCAUAAAAAGUGUGGAUCAUUAUAUCUUCCUCAAGAGUUCCAAAAAUUCGAUAUUUUCAAGCCAAUGCAUGAAAUGUGGAAAGAUUACCUAAUGUUGCUUCUUAAAUCAACUGGGAAGAAUCAACUGACUCAAUGUCUCCUAGGUGCAGAUCUACAUGGUGCUUUCAUUUUAGUUGUGAAGUGUAAAAUAACUUAUUUUACAAGAAUUCACGGCAUCAUGAUUCGUGAAACUGCAGAAGCUUUUGGGAUAAUUACUGAAGAUGAUAAAUUUCGAGUUGUUCCCAAAAAGGGUUCUGUAUUUGUAUUCCAAGUUGAUUGCUGGAAAGUCACUCUGCAUGGAGAUAAACUUGGUUCAAGAAAGGUCGGAUUGUGAUAUUGGUGAUGAUCCUUCUACUGUAGGUAACAACAUCUUGGCCCUUUUCUAUCGGUUUUUGAUGAGACAGAAUAUCCGUAAACCCCUGUGCAUUUUGAAAGUCUUGAGCUACGGAAUGUUGAUUGGAUUGUGGCAGUGGAGAAGUUGGAGAUUGCUUAAGGGUUAGUUGCUGGAAAGACGGUGAAUGACAGUGACUUUGACUUAUUAGUGGACACAUGCUAGUCUUUCUGUGCUGGUUUGAACUUCUCUCGUCUUAAUAAGUCGUUGUAGAUUUUGGUCCUGCUAGUUACAAGAUUGCCGGUUUUUGUCUGCAAUUGAACUCUCCAUUUCUUUCUUAAUUACAAAGUGGAGAGGAAUUCUGAGGAGGAAGAAAUAUGUUUAGCCGUCACUCAACAAAAAUUAAUUAAAUUAUAUUGAAUUAUACGAA